UCCAAUCCAGUGGGUGGCGAUAAUGCACCUUUACGUGGGUUGCCAAUCAGAAAGUAACCCCACCAGAGGAAGACCAGCAAACAUUUUCACACAUUUAAAAAAUAUGUAUAUAUAUAUAUGAAUAUAGCAUGUUGAUUUAAUAUAGGUGUAUGCUGUAAGAUUUGUUAUAUAUUUCUCGUUACAUUUGUUUGAUAGCAGCUUUUCCACCAUGGACAAAAGAGCCAAAGCUACUACCACUACGGGUCCCCCUCUUCCUCUCGUGGCUCUGCGUCUCUUGGUUUCUCCCCUGCGGUUGAUGUAUUCCUUUGUGUGGCAUGUGGUGAAUCAACGAAAUGUGUUGCACUAUGGAAAGGUCGAGGAGUUUGUGACAGUGGUGACUGAAGCAGUUCCAGAGUUGCUAAGUUUUAAACAGAGGGCUCAACUCAUCUUAGGCUUGAGAGCAAGAAUGAUCUUGGAGAUCUUUCGCAAGGAUUCUCCACCCGAUCCCCAGGCCAUCCAUCACCACCUAGAAAAUAUAAACAUCUGUGUAUCCAAAGGGCAGGAAGAUACAGAAGUUAAGGAGUCGCAGGCAAACUUUGUGGCGUUGGUCCAGACCUUGCUGAAGAACCCUUAUGAGAGGAAACACUUCUUCCAGGGGGAGUUCCAAAGACAGUAUGACUCAAAGUUUGACAAAGCCCUGCAGGCCCUUGUGGGAGGUUUGGUCUUCAGACUGGAGCAACUGCUAUCUGUGCCUGAUCUCUCCCAGAUAGCAUCUAUGAUCAGUGGUUCCCCUUCUGACCUGGAGGAGUGUGGGCAGUCUGUAUCUGACCCUGAACACCUGAAGACCCUCCUACAGCACCAGAGUCUGCAAAAUAAAACCCUGUUCAACAAAAAUGUACCUCUUACUUCGUCUGUGGGUGACUGUGUUCUGUCUUCGCUGUCCUUCCGCCUCGCCUGUGACAUGCAGCCAGUGCAGCCAUCUUUUGACAAUCCAGCGGAAUCAUUAGAAGGCGCAUUAAGCGGCGUUAGCCCCGCCUCCCUCAGUGAUGUGGAGGAUCUGGGAAUGAUGUCAGACGACUCGGACCACGCUGGAGCAGGUUCUAAGGUGGAGAGAGAAGAGAGGGUUCCCACGGAGCCAGAAAACGCCGGGUGUGACAGCAACGAAGAGAAUGCGCCAUCCAGUAGCCAAGCGGUCUUGUCUAGUCCUCAAGGUGUACUCGAUCCAGAGGAAGAGACAACAUCAGUAAACCGUAUACUGGAAACACUGAAAGAGCAACGUCUUUUGCCGCUGAUGGAAGCCUCUCCUCAGGCAGUCGUCUCUGCCGCGGUCACCAAUGGAAACCCGCCGGAUAACCCACGGGUGGCUCUGGUGAGUGUCCACCAGUGGGUCUCUCACAUUGCAAGUAGCAACAUCUCACUCCCUUCCCUGCCGCCCCUCCCACAGAACAAUGACAUAGACAUGGACAUAGAGGCAGGCGACACAUGCCUUGGCAGCAGUGUGGUGAUUGAAAGUCAGGAGACCGAAACCAGCCUCUUUGAGAGGGCAGUCAUCCGAAGGAGACGGCCGUCCAAGCCGCAAAGGAUAACGGCCCCUUCGAAAAGGAGAACGCCCGAGGCAACCAUCGUCUGCCAGGAGUGCGGGAAGGCUUUUGUCUACCCGUCGCAGCUAGAGAACCACCUGCGCGUUCACACCGGAGAGAAACCUUUCAAGUGCACGGUGUGUGGCAGGGCCUUUAGGUCGUUGGGAUACAUGACCACACACAUGAAAAACCACUCGGAAGCGAGGCCGUUUAAGUGUGAGGAGUGUGACAAGGGCUUUCGGAGGAAGGAUGACCUGAAGAAGCAUCGGCUCGUCCACAUGGGCGCGAAACCGCACAAAUGCACCAUCUGCGGAAAGGGCUUCACCCAAGCGUUUUAUUGCAAAAUUCACAUCCAGUCUCAUGCUAGUGAGAACAACUUCCCCUGCAAUCACUGUUCUAAGAGAUUUCCGACCCAGUACAAGCUGUCGAUCCACGAGCGCUGGCACACAAUGGAGCGCUCGUUCGUCUGUGAGCAGUGCGGGAUGCGAUUCAUCCAUCCCAGUGGGCUGAAAAGACACAUGGGCUAUCACAUUGGGGACCGCCCCUUCCUGUGUGCCCAGUGUGGAAAGACCUUUGUGUACGAGUUCGACCUGAAGAAGCACCAAAGGGACCACGGCCCCAAGCCGGAGAUCCCCUGCCCCGUCUGCCAGAAGGUUUUUCACAGCAACGGCCUGGUCAAAGCCCACAUGCUUACGCACUCCUCCGCGAAACCCUACCGGUGUGACAUAUGCGACAGGGCCUUUAAACAGAGCAGCAACCUGACCAGUCACAAACGGCUGCACACGGGUGAACGGCCGUACCGCUGCGACGUGUGCGGCAAGACGUACAAGCUGAAGCAGCACCUGAAGGAGCACAUGAUUGUCCACCACACGGGGGAGCAGCACCCCUGCGACCAGUGCAGUAAGGUCUUUAAGCUGCCGCGUCUCCUGAAAGCGCAUCAGCGGUUGCAUUCAGGCGAGCGAUCGGAACGCACUAGGAAGUACAGUCACAACAGCCGUCGCAGGAGACACUCGUCCAAACGGAGUUGAUUUCCUAGCCAACGGCUGCCCUGUAGAAACAAUGAUUGGGGUGCGUGUUUUAUGGUUCUGAUGUGAGUUCAGAAUGUCAUGAUGUCAAUCCCUUCGCUUUUAUCGUAGUAUUAUAAUUUUUUUUGUUGUAAACUGCUGUUAGAUAAUGAAUAGUUAUUCUGUCAUUACAACAUCUUUAUUUGUGUUGUAUUUUUUCUGGAUAGGUAUGCUGUUGAAAUGUAGUAAUUUAAUAGCUACUCAUCUCACUUAUUGCUCUUUAACAAUAGACAGAAAUCUAGUACUUUGCUCAAUAUGUGCAAAAUGUGAAGCCAGGCAAAUUAUGGAAAUAUGUGAGAUUUGAUAAAAUAAGGAAAAUAAAUUCUAAAUUGUGUGCAACUACUCGCU